UUAUAAAGCUGCAAUAUCUGUAAAAAUCAAAUUUUUUUGUUUGAAAAAUCUGUAGUUUGUUCCAGAAUUUUUUUCCAGUUCGUAAAAAUUCAUUCUAAAUGCCUUACAUUGAGCAAUGGGCCAUCGAUGUAAAUUUCUCCCAUCGUGUGCCCCUUUCUUUUUUCUUCCAAUGGGAACGUGCAACAGUAAUGGCUAAUCCUGUUAUGUUAUACCGUGCUUUCCUUUCGGAGUUCAAAAAAAUAUUAAAAAUGUGAAGAAAAAAACCCCAACCUUAUAACAACGAAAUGACAUCAAGGUAUUUUUACUACUUUUCUGGAUUUCUAAGUUGUGUCUCAAUUAUGAUGUUGCUAACCACUAAACUGUACCUGGAAAACUGGAAUAUAUUUAAAUUUCACAAACAGGAUGUUCCAAUCGAGUUUGUGUCCGAAGAUAAAUCAAAGGUGGAUGAAUAUCUCCUUAAAAAGUUCAUCAUACCAAACUCGGGCAUUGAUUUUAUGAACAGGACUGAACGUUUCAAAAUCCUCGACAACUUUAUUCAUUCACAAGAAAACCACAACAUCUGGAAUGCGUCAACGUUGCUAUCCGAACUAAGCCACGUUAGACAGAAACACAGGAAAAAGAUACAAGGCUAUGUUUCCAAAAAUUUUACACUAAUCACAGCUUAUUGGGAUCUUGGAACGUUUAGGAAAGGAGAUGCAGAGACGUUUUCGAAAGAGCUGUAUAUGAACUGGGCGGUGGUUUUCAAGUAUAUGUUGAAUCCACUGGUAGUGUAUACGGAUUCCGAAAAGUUUAGAGACUGGAUUCGAAAUAUACGGAGCGAUCUUUUGUGCUGUACAAAAAUCAUUUAUAUGAACAGGACAGAUAUCGAGGCGUUCCAAAGAGUACAGAAGAUCAAAGAGAUCUAUGACCAGCCGGAUUAUCCCCGAUAUUAUCCGAAUACAGUGAACCCUCUAUAUCCCGCCUCGCAAAACGCCAAAUUUACAGUAGUAGCUGACACAUACCGCCAGAAACUGUUUGACACCACCUACUACGGAUGGAUUGAUGUCGGAUAUUUCCGAGAUGUAGUAAAUGAAUUUGACUAUUAUAAAAUGGAGGUGCCUGGGGAUUUUGACCCCUCUCGAAUAGCGUUUAAUCGCGUUAACAAUCAUAUAGCAACCAGUGAUCUAGUGUCCGUGUUUAGAGACAAUCUAUUUUGGGUAGGAGGGGGGUUAUUUUUUGGUCUCGGGGAAGUGGUAGACAGAUUUGAUAAAUUUUACCAAAGAGCUGUGGAUUAUUUUUUGAGCUUGAAUGUGAGUAACUCUGACCAGCAAGUGCUUUAUUCAAUUUACACGGACAAGGGGCGGCAGAUAUUAGAUCCGCCAAUUGAGAUUCAACCAUACGUACCAAAUACAUCCAACAACAAGUGGUUUUAUUUAGGGUUUUUGUGUCGAAAAGUGGUGACAAUAUACUGACAACAACAUUUAACUGAGUAUUUAAAACAAUGUAUUACAAUUUUCUUAUUUCAAAAAAUCUCGUUUUGGUGCUAACAACAUUGUUUUGGUAACCACAUAGUGUUAUACAUAGCGGAGAUUUAUAAAAGGGAGAUAACUCGUAUUAAGACAUGAAAUCGUUUAUCAUUAUCCUAAUGAAACCUUAUGUUGAAGGCAAUUUUUUACACAUUGAAACUUUUGCUACGAAUGCAAAUAGAAUAAACGCAAAAAUUAAUGUAUCUACAUGAAACACUGUAGUUUAUUGAAUUGUUUUAAAAAACUCGCCACCAGAUUAUGCAAAUAUUUGAACUAGUCUUCCUUUUUGAGACUGGGUUUCUUUUCUCAAUGACAUGAUAUGUAUCUCGAAGUUGCCUUCUGCUUGUCGCUUCCAGCAAUGCUUUGCAAACUUUCUUGCUUUUUCAUUUCAGAUAAGAUUUCAGCGAUACAUGUACACUUUUCACUCCUGCACAUUUGCUGAUGCAUUACAUUAACAUGUUUUAAACACCAUAUGCGUACUUGGAUAUUACAGCAUGCGCUUUUCACAGUUAAGUUCAUAUUAAAAUAGCACUCGCAUGCAUUUCAUUAUACUGAGUUUGCGGUUUUAGAUAUAAAUCAUUCUUCGUAUUGGUUUCUUUAAUUGAAAAUAUGCAGAAAAAACCAUGAUUAUUAGAUAAUAUGAUAUAAAAAUCAAGUGCAAUUAGUUGUUUUUACAUACAUAUCAUGUUUUCUUUAUAUUAUACAAAAUCAUGUAUUUUGAAUCUGCUUAUCAUCAUCAUGAUGAAUAAAAUCGUAUUGAUAUUAUGAAUAUA